UUGCCAAACAUACUAAGCAGAAAACAGUGAAAGCCCAAACAUUCAAAUAGUUUUUCAGAUUUUGCAACUAUACCAAAAUAUAGCAACAAUGACUUCAUUGGUUGGAAAUGCGAACCAAAAAGAUGGGAAUUUUCGCCCAGAGGCUAACUUUUCUCCUAGUUUAUGGGGAAAUAUAUUUAGCUGCUCUACUAUGAAUAAUCAGAUAUUGGAGAAAACAAUUGAGGAGAUUGAGACUUUGAAAGAAGAAGUCAAGCAUAUGAUAAUAAGUACUACUACCAAUGACAUAGAAGAAAAAAUUCAUUUGAUUGACACUCUUGAACGUCUUGGUAUUUAUUAUCACUUUGAGAAGGAGAUUGAAGAUCAACUAAGCAGGAUGUUUGAUCAAACUGUCAUCCAUGAAGAGCAUGAUCUAUACAAGGUUGCAUUAUAUUUUCGAUUGUUUAGGCAACAUGGCUAUCCAAUCUCUUCUGAUUAUUUCAACCAAUUCAAGGACAGUAAUGGAAAAUUCAAGGAAACUCUUCUAACAGAUGCAAAGGGUAUGCUAAGUUUGUAUGAAGCAGCACAUGUUAGAAAACAUGGGGAUGACAUAUUAGAUGAGGCACUUAUCCUUGCAAAAUCCCAUUUGGAGAGGAUAACACCUAUCUUAGACUCUAUUCUUGAGAAACAAGUAACACAUGCCCUUAUGCAAUCUCUUCAUAGAGGCAUCCCAAGAGCUGAAGCACAUUUUAAUAUUUCAAUAUACGAAGAAUGUGGAUCAAGAAAUGAAAAGAUACUAAGGCUAGCCAAACUAGAUUACAAUAUGUUGCAAGUGCUACACAAGGAAGAGCUUAGUGAACUCACACUGUGGUGGAAAGAUUUGGAUUUCGCGUCUAAACUUUCUUAUGUCAGAGACAGAAUGGUGGAAUGCUUUUUUUGGGCAGUGGGCGUGUACUUUGAACCUCAAUACUCUCGUGCUCGAGUUAUGCUUGCAAAAUGCAUAGCUAUGAUUUCAGUAAUUGAUGAUACAUAUGACUCUUAUGGAACUCUUAAUGAACUAGUUGUUUUCACAGAAGCAGUAGACAGAUGGGAUGUAAGUGAAGUUGGUAAACUUCCAAAAUAUAUGAAAACGAUAUAUACAUCUCUUCUCGACCUCUUCAAAGAGUAUGAGAGCGAAAUCAAAGAACAAGAUAGAUUCAAUGGAGUUUCUUAUGUCAAAAAGGCGAUGAAAGAAAUCGUGAGGAGUUACUGCAUUGAAGCAGAAUGGUUCCUCAAAGGAAAAAUUCCAUCGUUUAAAGAGUACUUAACCAAUGCGUUGAUCACUGGAACUUAUUACCUACUUGCACCAGCAUCAUUAUUGGGCAUGAGGUCUGCAUCAAAGGAAGCAUUCGAUUGGAUAAUGAGCAAACCACAAAUUCUUGUGGCUUCUGCAAUAAUUGGUCGAGUUAUUGAUGACGUAGCCACAUAUAAGAUUGAGAAAGAAAAAGGACAACUUGUCACAGGAUUAGAAUGUUAUAUGCAAGAGAACAACUUAUCCGUGGAAGAAGCGAGUGCAGAUCUUUCUGAAAUAGCUGAAAAUGCAUGGAAGGAUUUGAACAACGAGUGCAUUAAGCCUACUUCAGUGCCAACUGAAAUCUUAAUGCGUGUUGUGAACCUCACACGUCUUAUUGAUGUUGUUUACAAGAACAACCAAGAUGGAUAUAGUGAUCCAAAGAACAACGUGAAAUCUGUGAUUGAAGCUUUACUCAUCAAUCCCAUCAAUAUGUAAAGAUUUUGGAUGUUCUCAAGUCCACAUGGAAGAUGACCAAUGAAAUAAGUUGAUAUAAUUAGUUAUUGUGUUUUAUUCAAUAAUUUCAUUAAUAAGUGAUUUGCAAUCCACUAUAUUUUUCUUUUUUUUUUGUUCAAUUUACAAUUUUAAUCAUUGCAUUUGUUCGAUCAAAUUGGUUGUCCAUUUAAAAUAUUACUCUAUUUAAGAUGUGUCAAAGCAUUUUGUUUUUUAA